CCUCCUCCUCUCCCCCCCCCUGUCGGUGCGUUGCAGCUGGAGACCAGCGUGGAGCACCUGCAGCGCCUGGCCGCCACCGUCUGCGUGCGGCUGCACCUGGCGCGGCCGGAGGUGUGCGAGGAGAUCGUCCGGCUCUUCGGGCGCGACGUGGUCACCGCCUGGGUCCGCUCCGUCCUGCGCCCGGCCGAGAUCUGCGGCCUGCUGGUGGGCCAGCGCUGCGGCCACUGGGACAUCUACUCGGACUGGAACGUGACGCUCCCGGGGACGCCCAAGCCCCCCGUUGCGUGCGGCUGCACCUGGCGCGGCCGGAGGUCGCUGCGGCCACUGGGACAUCUACUCGGACUGGAACGUGACGCUCCCGGGGACGCCCAAGCCCCCCGUCCCGUNCGGGACUACCUGCCCGGCAGCGACCCGGCCUGCAAGGACCCGCUCUGCUGCCGGGGGGGCCGGCCGCGGGGAGCCGAGGGGGCCGGCUACUGGGGCUCCUACAGCAACUGCGACCUCCCGCUCCAGACGCUGGAGCACCUGCUGCGGCACCUGGCCGCCACGGGGCCCUUCGACCUGGCCUACUGGACGGGGGACAUCCCGGCCCACAACGUCUGGGAGCAGAGCCGGGCCGACCAGCUGCAGGCCCUGCGGACCAUCUCGGGCCUCAUCCAGAAGUACCUGGGCCCGCUGCCCGUCUACCCGGCGGUGGGGAACCACGAGUCGGUGCCCGUCAACGCCUUCCCGCCCCCCUUCGUGCCCGGCAACCAGUCCUCCGCCUGGCUGUACCACGCCAUGGCCGAGGCGUGGGAGCCCUGGCUGCCCCCUGAAGCGCUGGAGACCCUGAGGGUGGGCGGCUUCUACACCCUCCGGGCCCGACCGGGCCUCCGCCUCGUCUCCCUCAACAUGAACUUCUGCUCAGAGGCCAAUUUCUGGCUCCUCAUCAAUGCCACGGACCCAGCGGGGCAGCUGCAGUGGCUGGUGGGCGUCCUGCAGAGGGCGGAAGAGAGCGGGGAGAAGGUGCACAUCAUUGGCCACAUCCCCCCCUCCCACUGCAUGCGCUCCUGGGGCUGGAACUACUACCGCAUCAUCAACAGGUUCGAAGGCACUGUGGCUGGGCAGUUUUUUGGUCACACCCACGUGGAUGAGUUUGAGCUGUUCUAUGAUGAAGAGACCCUCUCCCGGCCCUUGGGGGUGGCUUUCGUGGCCCCCAGCGUCACCACGUUCAUCAGCCUCAACCCGGGCUACCGGAUCUAUCUUGUGGACGGAGUCUACCCAGGAAGCUCCUACAUGGUGCUGGAUCACGAGACAUUCAUUCUGAACUUGACGCUGGCCAAUGCGCCCGGGGCGACACCGCAGUGGCAACGCCUCUACGGGGCCCGGGAGACCUAUGGCUUUGCCACGGCCUUCCCGGCCGACUGGGACCGGCUGCUCCAGCGUUUCCAGGUGGAGGAGCCCCUCUUCCAGCGCUUCUGGUACCUGCUCUACAAGGGCCACCCGCCCCGCGAGCCCUGCCAGGACGUCUGCAAGGCGGCGUUGCUCUGCGCCCUCCGCACCGCUCGGGCCGAUGACCCGAAGCUCUGCCAGCCCUUGGCCUCCAGGUUCUCCUUCUUCGAAAUCCAGGGCUGGUGGAGGCGGCAACGUUUCUGCUAGCCCCCCAACGCCUGCCCCCCCGCCCUGCCCCAAGAAGCAGCCCUGCGGAAGGGGCGCAGCGAUUCGUUCACGGACCUUCGUGCUCGGUGCACUUUGUGGUUUGCUGUGGUUGAGGAGGCUUGCCCCCACCCCACCUCACCCCACCCCCCCAUGCCAAAGGCUGUUGCCAGAGGGCACGGUGGGGAUGAUGGGGAACGAUCCACAUUGCCUUCCCCUCCAUGGAGGCAGGAGGGGGGCAUGUCCGGGAGGCGCCCUCUUUCCUUUGCCCUUCCUGCUUGGGGGGGGGCACAAAGGAGCACCUGGACUGGACCAAGAGCAGCAGGGCUGCCAGGGGUGGGGUGGGGCUGCCGUGGUGGCUCUGAAGCAAGAAAAGACACACCCAGACACACGAAGACCCUUUGCCCCACGAGUUCUAUUUCUAGAAUUCUCCCCAGCUUCCUAGACUCAACCAAAAGGCCUGACAAGGGAGGCACUGCCAGGCCACUGGUAUGGGGCAUGUGGGCCGAGGGGUGGCGCACAUACUUCCUUCAUUCCCCCCCCCCGUGCCUCUUGGGGCUGCGGUCAGUCGGCCUCCUUUUAGCCAGGUAAGGGCCCUCAGUCAAUCCCCUUAGGCUCAGACCUGCCACAAGAGUCUUAAAAUGUACUUGUGGGCUCCCUACCCCCACCACUGCCAACUGACCCACCCCUCCUACUGUGGCCACUCUGGCCCUUCUUUGGUCUUUGCGGGGGUGUGUGUGUGUGUCAGAGUCCUUGCCCCUGCACUGAGCCAGUCUCUUGCACCAGCAAUAAAGGCCUUCUGCUUCUGCCUCCGAG